AUGGACCAAGACCAGGCUAAGGUGCUCAGCGAACUGAUGUCCACGGCCCUGGAAACCCGGCAUGCAGUUCAAAAUCUGAUCGAGCCAGGAAAGCUCGACGAUUGCAUGCUUGUUCAUCAAAUGUGCCGGAAGAUGGACUGCACUACGAAGGAGCGAUGGGAGUCAACGCUUGGAGUCACAACGGAGUACCCAUCGUUUGAAAAGCUCAUGGAGUUCAUUACCGCCAAGGUUAGGACGCUGGAGCAUUUGGCGCACGACAAGGCGAGAGCGGCGCCUGUGAAGCGCACCCCGAUCAAGCCCUCUCAACCAAGAGUGCAGCAACCAGCUCCAAGCAGACCGGUUCACUCAGCUGUCGCAUCAAGGCCAGUUCAACGAUUGAUAACGCUCGAAAAAUACAAUUUCGAGCGUCCAUCGCCGUUCGAGCAAUGCGAUUGCUGCGGGCUGCAACACUACAUUGUAGAGUGCAAAGCAUUUAGAGGAAUGUCGCCUGACAAGCGCGUUCCGUGCAUAGACGCACAACGUCUGCUGUUGGCGAAAUUCCCCAAAUUGUCUCAGCCCACGAAGUUGGCAACGAAAGAACUCGGUGCAGCCGUCAAGCCGCCAAAUCACAGAAAGCUCCUCGCAACCGCUCAAGCUCUCCUCACCACUCCAACGUCAGAUCACACCAUCCGCAUCUUAAUAGAUCCAGGUUCCGAAAUCUCGUUCAUCUUCGAAGGACUCACUCGCCUGCUCAACCUCCGGAGACACCGAUCAUCCAUCACAAUUAUUGGUGUUGGUGGAACAAAAUCAACUGAAACCAAGGGUGUGGUCAAUGUUACACUCCAGUCGAAGUACUCACAACAGACUGUCUGCAUCCAAGCUCACAUGCUCACAGUCGUAUCGACAAUCCUGCCAUCGUUCUCGCUGAGAGCUCCAGACUGGCCUCACAUUAAGAACUUGAGGUUGGCGGACAAUGAUUUCUUGACACCACGACCAGUCGACGUAAUCAUUGGAGCAGAUUUUUACAGAAGGAUCAUCAAGCCAAAUAUCAUCAAGGGCUCACCAACAGCACCAAUUGCUCAACUUUCCAUUUUUAGAUGGCUCGUCAUCGGCCCAGUCAACGAAUCAUAUACAAAUACUAAUUAUGCACAUUUUGCAGUUGCUCACAACGAUCAGAGCAAUCUGCAAGAGCUGCUCACCAAAUUCUGGGUCCAAGAGAAGUCACCAAUGGACACUCCAAGCACGCUCACACCGGAGGAAGAAGAAUGCGAAGCACAUUUCUGUGCAACUCACUCUCGUGACAACACAGGAAGGUACAUCGUUCGCAUUCCACUCAAGGCACCAGCAUCUUCUGGGCAAUUCACACAAGAUUGCUCACCGAUGUCUACAAAGCACACUGCGAUGAUCCGCCAAGGAUUCAACAUACAACCAGCUCUACGUCGAGUUCAUGAAAGAAUAUGA